CAGUCUCCACAGAAACAAUGGAGCGAGCCUGACGGUUUCAGCUCCAAUGCACAAGUGGUAAACUCCGAUGUUUCCAAAUACAUCGAUCACAUACUCUGAAAACUGGCGCAUGCGUGUAACAGGCAUUAUAUCGAUCGAUUUUUUCUCAGAAGCAGUGUUGCUCUUCGGUACCGUGUAUGUCUUGUUUUGAUGUCAGUUGAAACCAGGUUCUACGUAGGAACGGUAGACCUUUGUGUGUGGAUCCAGAGGUAAACGAGACAAGGAUCGCUGCUUUGGAACUAAAACCAAAAUGUGAAGAACAUUCAGAUAUUAAUUAUUUGUAUAGUCAAAACUUUCGGAUUUUUAUUGGAUUUUUUUCGUUUUUUCAAUUUAUCCAGAAGUGACUAAAAAUGGUGGAGAGAAAACACAUGAUACGACAGGCAGCCGUUGACGGAAGCAUUUCAUCAUUCGGCAUAGUUGGGAUAGUCGCCGGGACAAUAGUUUUCAUUGUGUUAGCCACCAUCGUAACGUACAAAUGCUAUCGACGGCGGAGAGCUCAGGAGGUCCAAAGCAGGCUAUCGUCUGCCAUCAAAAAAGGGCUGAAGGAAAGUACAAACGUCAAGAAAAAUGUCUCAGCACGCGGAACGCCAAUGAAGCAUAAAGCUACAAGUCCUAUUACUCCGCCGUCGCAGCAUGACCUUGGAUCAACUGAACGUAUGCUUCCGCCAUCGUACUCAAUGCAAUCCGAAAAAGAGUCCUCAGGUCACGUGAAAUCAGAAGUGUACGUGGAAAAUGAAAAAGAAGGGAAGACGCCAGAGAAAGAAGUUUGUAUGAGGGAAAAACAAAUUGAUGAAAAUAAAAUACAGAAACUGGGAAACCUCCAUUUCUCCGUGGAAUAUGAUUCGCUGAAGACCGCCUUGCUUGUGACGAUUCUGCGCGCUGUAGACCUACCCCAGAGGGACCCAAGUUUAGGAGGGUGUGAUCCCUACGUCAAGCUUCAGCUGCUGCCUGAUAAAAGGCACAAGUGUAAAACAAGGGUUCUCCGGAAAACCCUCAGUCCCACGUACGACGAGACAUUUACCUUCUACGGCAUCAGUGAAAAUCAGAUUCAAGGAAUUACGUUGCAUUUCGUGGUCCUUAGCUUUGACCGGUUCUCGCGAGACGAGAUUAUCGGCGAGGUUGUGUAUCCUCUUCAUGGAGUUGAUCCAACCCAGAAGGAAAUUCAUCUGACCAAGGAAAUCAACCCACGCCAUCUCAAGUUUCAGAUGCAAGGCCGAGGGGAUCUACUGGUGUCUCUGUGUUAUCAACCCGCAGCCAACCGUCUCACUGUGGUAGUGCUGAAGGCCAGAAACCUCCCUAAGAUGGACAUCACUGGCCUGUCAGGUGAGAAUUAUCCCUACGUGAAGAUUUACCUUCUCUACAACGGCCAGAGAAUUGCUAAAAAGAAGACGCAUGUGAAAAAGCGGACACUGAAUCCCGUGUUUAACGAGUCGUUCCUGUUCGACGUUCCGUACAAUGAGGGUCUUCAGAAUAUCAGCCUGGAGUUCCUUUUGCUCGACUGGGACCGAGUUACCAAGAACGAGGUGAUUGGACGCCUGGAAAUCGGGGCGAGGACUAGCAGUCAACAGCUGCAUCACUGGAGCGAGGUCAUCAACUGCCCGCGGAAGCAGAUCGCCGAAUGGCACAAGUUAAAGGAAUGAGAUAAACUGAAGUGAAAUGGCAAUGAGACUAGGUUUUACACUAUGAACUGUUUAUAGACUAGCAUGCAUGUAUUUAAAUCAAGAAACAGUUUGAUUGAUACAAACUUGACUGGUUGUGUAAAUCAUCAAUCAAGGACGCGCGGAACAGUUAAAGAUGUGAUAUAUAGUUUAAUUUACAUGCAUGUAGAUACAAAAAAUGGGGUAAGUGUAAAACCUGAUGAUGGAUUCAAUCCAGAAUGAUGUAGAACUAUUACCUAGGAAAUAGUACUCCGCAUCAAUAAGUAUAGUUCAAAUACAAAACUGUGUGGUAUAUACAAACAAUACACAUCAAAAGAAAAGCACGUGACAAUAUUACAAUAUACGUGUUUAAAACGGAAAACGGAAACGCCAUUUCCUGGUUGACAGUAAAUCAAGAAUAAGGGUGAAUUCGUGGGCUGUUCAAAUCCAUUCAUAAUAGACGAAAUAGCAGUACAAUAUCAAGGUCAAAUAAUAUAACUAUUGAUAUAUAAUUUAUGCGUCGUUUCAUUGUCUGUUUUAUCAUUAAACGCCCGUAGCAUGUAAUAACUAAAACUGAAAAAAAUAUUAUCAUGAGGAUAUUAAAAAUACAAAAUUAAAUAUUCGUAUGUUUUCCAAAUAAUAUCAAUGAAUUUGCUCGAUGUCCUCCGAGAGAGUUGUUCUUUGGUACCAGUUACUCAAGACAAGAAGAUUUCCCCUCCGUUGUAUCAUAACCCGUCAAAGCAGGUCUCAAGUGGCAAAUCUAGAGCUAUUUCUGGUUAGAACGGAACUGCAAUAGGAGAGCAAUUUCGACAAUCAACCCCUUUUAUAAGGACUUAAACCAAAUAUGUACCAGUACAGCUUUGUAUAGUUUCGUGUUCUCAAGCAGGAGAGUGAAAAACUGACAACGUCCAUGAUAUGGAAAGAGAAAGGUCAACAAAAAUACAAGGCGUCCGUUGGGUUGCUCCUGAUAUUGCCAGAAACCCAUGUAGAAACCGCUGAUACCAAAACGGAAGUCACCGACUCCAAAACAAGAUCAAUUCACAGCCGCACGGAAACCACCGACACUCAUACGGAAACAAAAUCAUCAAUGUCAUUGAAAUCGAUUAACUGUCCCAGAAAGAGCAGAUCAAUUAGAACACAUUCCAUUUGGAAAUGUAAUAAAGAAACGGAAAUUGUAUUUCAUGGAAGUUCUCUUGUACCUGACGGAAAUGAUUGAAAUUUACAGACGGAGGUUAACGAACCGUAGGUUAUAUAAAGGUCAUGCAAUCGGCUACAACCACUUGUCCAAUUUCAGACAUUUCUUAUUCUUGUUUGUAAUUGUGAAUAUGUAGUGACAACGUUUGAUAUACAAGACUUUUUAUUUCAUCAACUUUGAGUUUCAGAAAAACAAUGUUAGCUGCAUUCUAAGCAAUCUGCUUUUAAUAUCUCGUACACAUUUUUCAGACAAAAUGUUUCGAACUUUCUUAUUAGGGCAAAGUAUAUAUCGGUAAUAAAUAUAUUGUUUCUCUAUAACAUUAAGGGGACAGACACAUUGUGUAGUGUUUGUGUCAAGGCAAUAGAAUGAUAAGACCUUGGUAGCAGUGGGGAAUGUAUUACGCCGUCAGUAACACUUCUUUAUCUUAUAUUAGCAAUGUACAUGCAUGUACGACACAUGUGGACAGGAUAAUGCUGGUAGUACAAAUACGUAAGAACCUAAUGUGUUCGAUCGUGUUUAAGUAUCCACUGAUGUUUACACUGGUGACGUCAUGUGGAUUGCAGUGAUAAGACUAUUGUUGUAUGUUACUUUUUUUCAGGUAAGUCAUCGCACUCGAUAGUAAAGUAAAGGGAAACUAAAUAAUGUUUAAUUAUUGGAAA